AUGCCUAAAGACAAUACCAUGAUCUCUCCAGACCUAGUCCCAGUCGAAAAUCCAGAAAAUCCAUAUCGCUUCAGCUCGUCAGAUGUGCGCUUUCUCCCACCGACGGUUCUACACAAUCUCUUCUCCAUUGUGUUUAGCCACGAACUCAUCCGCCGAAAUGGAGUACAUUCGGAUAAUGGUUCUCAAUCCUCCUCGGUGGCCGUGUAUAGCCAUCGGGGACUAGCCCUUCGAUCGCUGAAUGAAGAUCUUUCAUCACCUGAAACGCAAACUAGCGAUAUGGUUAUUGCCUGUAUUUUGAUGUUUACUUUGGCGGAGCUUCAGCUUUCGGUCUGUCACGAUUGGGACAAGCACAUCGCAGGCGUCAAAAAGAUCAUCGAAUUACGAGGUGGCAUAAAAAAUGUUGCCGGGCGAGACGUCCAUCUGGAUUCUAUGCUUGCUUACUUUAUGAUGUAUGGCCAUUUCUAA